AUGACGGGCGACCUUGACCGUUGGCUGGGUUCCGUCGGAAAGCUUCUCGGCAUGGGUGACCGAAAGAAGGGCCUGGGCGAUUUCGCUCUGGACUUGCUGUUGGUUGCUGGUAUGAUGGCAACCGGCGUUUACCUCGCAAGAAACUUCCUUUCUUCCCUCACGAAUACCCUCGCCGACCCCGAUCGAGAGAAACACGAGCAAGCACGGCUACAGGCCAAGGCUCAUCUAGAGCGCUUGCGCAAAGGCAAGAAUGUAGGGAAACCUGGCGAAGAACCAUCAGAUGACGGCAGCGUCUCUCGUCGCGGGCCAAAGCCGGAAGAGUUGGUGUUGAAUGAAUAUGAGAACCUCAUUGCACUUGAGAUGGUGGCUCCAGAGGAUAUCCCAAUCGGCUUCGCUGACAUCGGUGGCUUGGAGGACAUUAUUGAUGAACUCAAGGAAUCCGUCAUUUACCCGUUGACUAUGCCGCACUUGUAUUCCCACGCGGCGCCACUGCUAUCUGCACCCUCUGGUGUGCUGCUUUAUGGCCCUCCAGGAUGCGGUAAAACUAUGCUGGCUAAGGCAGUCGCCCACGAGAGCGGUGCUUCCUUCAUCAACCUCCAUAUUUCGACAGUGACAGAGAAAUGGUACGGUGACUCGAACAAGCUGGUCCGAGCUGUGUUUUCGUUGGCUCGCAAAAUGCAGCCCGCCAUCAUCUUCAUUGAUGAGAUCGACGCGGUCUUGGGCACAAGAAGGAGCGGCGAGCACGAGGCCAGCGGAAUGGUCAAGGCUGAGUUCAUGACCCUGUGGGAUGGAUUGACGUCGUCAAAUUCUUCAGGCAUGCCAGCAAGGAUCGUCGUUCUCGGUGCCACCAACAGAAUACACGACAUCGAUGAGGCUAUUCUCAGGCGAAUGCCCAAGAAAUUCCCGGUGUCUCUUCCUGGCAAGGAGCAGCGACAACGGAUCUUGCAGCUCAUUCUGAAGGAUACAAAGACAGACCCCGAGUUCAGUGUGGAGUAUAUUACCAAAGUCACAGCUGGCAUGUCAGGCAGCGAUAUCAAAGAAGCAUGCCGUGAUGCUGCUAUGGCACCGGUCCGUGAAUACAUGCGAGAGCAUCGGGCGAGCGGGAACUCCAUGUCGAGCAUCACACCAGAGAACUUCAGAGGUAUCCGUACAGAGGAUUUCUUUGGUCGCAAGGGUGGAGGUCAAAUCUUGAUGGAUAACCAUGCAAAACACUCCAAGGCGUCGAGGUCAUCGGCAGACGAGUACGAAGAUAUUGUUGAAGAGCUGGGUUGA